UAAACGCUUUUUAACCUCGAAUGUCUCCCCACGUCGGAUUCUCGCCCUGCACGGUGAUGCCACGGCUGGUUCGAUUGGACGCACCGUCGGAUCAUGUCCGAAAUCUUCCUUGUCAUGUUGUCCUGUCGCGCUCUGCCGGUCUGGGGCCACGUUGACGCUAGGCUUAUCAUGGUCUGCGUAACGAGCCACGGCUCGUUGAUUCGCUCCCGCAUCGGUCUUGGGCUGUUUUGCCCGGGGCUGGGAUGAUUUCCCCACGGGGUUCUCCUGUUGUGGUAUACCUUGGAUAUGCCUCCCAGAAUUUCCCCGGGAUUUGGGGUUUAUCUUCCUUGGAUUUCUCUUGGUCUUUGUGAUCUUUGUUCUAAUUGUCGAGUGUUUUCUUCCUACCCGAGAGCCCGUCCUCCUUAGGGCUAUCUCCUUAUAGCUUGAACACCGACGAAGAACAUAGAAGACACAAUGUCACACCAGAAAGGAGCAACAGCCGGCAAGGAGGCACAAGAUGAACAUAUCGAGUCUAUUGAACCCGCGCCCCGUCCGGAGCAGGGGCACCCACACGAGCCUACCCAAGACAAAGCCAUGGACCUGAUCAUAGAUGCGGGACAGUCUGCCAUUCUCACCCCCGAGAACAACGCCCGAGUUCUCCGGAAGAUUGACCUUCGGCUGCUGCCAAUCCUUCUGGGGAUCUAUUUCUUACAGCAAGUUGACAAGUCCACUCUCUCAUACGCGUCAGUCUUUGGUCUGGUCGAGAAAGCCCAUCUCCACGGGCAGGAAUACUCUUGGUUGGGGGCAGUCGUCUAUUUGGUGCAACUUGUUGCCCAGCCUUUUGUUGCCUAUAUUCUGGUCAAAGUGCCAUUGGGAAAGUUUCUGGCAUGCACCACCUUUUGCUGGGGCAUAGCCCUGACAUGCAUGACCCCGGCGAACAGCUUUGCGGGGUUGUUGGUAUGUCGGAUGUUCUUGGGUCUUUUUGAAGCUGGUAUACCACCUGCGUUCAUUGCAAUUACCCAAAUGUGGUAUCGACGACGAGAGCAACCCGUUCGGCUGGGUUCGUGGUAUGCUAUGAAUGGUGUGGUGAACAUGUUUGGGAGCCUGAUAACCUACGGUCUUGGCCACAUUGGUUCUUCAGUCUUUGAGCCUUACCAGAUCAUUUUUCUAUUCUUCGGACUUAUCACCAUUGUUUUCUCUGGCGCUAUCUUAUUCUGGAUGCCAGACUCACCGAUUAAAGCCAAGUUCCUUGAAGAGGAUGACAAGCUCUUGGCCAUUGAAAGACUUCGUAUGAACCAGCAAGGUAUCGAAACUCACGAGUGGAAAUGGGACCAUGUCAAGGAGGCAUGUCUUGACGUCAAGUCGUUCUUCUGGUUCGCCCUGAUGUUUUCAAUCUCUAUUCCAAGCGGCGGUAUCUCGACAUUUGGACCGCUGAUUAUUGAAGCCUUUGGAUUUAACCAAUUCGACACAAUCCUCUUCAACAUCCCUUUCGGUGCAGUCCAGCUCAUCGCAACCAUGGGAGGAGCAUGGCUGGCGACUAGCCUUAAGAUGAAAGGGCCUGUCAUAGCUCUGCUAUGCUUGCCUGCCAUUGCGGGGUGUGUGAUGUUGCUACAGAUUUCGCACAAUGGGCAUCACAAUGGGGCAUUGCUAGCAGGAUAUUACAUUAUCUCUGUCUACCCAGGAAUCACACCCUUGAUCUACUCCUGGUCCGCAGGUAACACGGCAGGCGAGACGAAGAAGAAAAUCGUGAAUGGUGUUCUGCUCAUUGGACAAUGUGCUGGUAAUGUCCUCGGUUCGAACCUAUACACCACCAACGAAGCACCAUUGUAUAGACGUGGGCUUCUAUCCAACCUCGCAAUGUUCUGCGUCCUCAUCCUGCUCUGCCUAUUGAACAUGGCAUACCUCUUCCUCCUCAACAAGAAACACGAGAAACAGCGCGUAAGCAUGGGAAAAAGCGCCAAGAUUGUCGACCAUUCCAUGCAAGUCGUGGGUGCUGUUCCAGUAGACAAACUCGAAUCUCCUCAGCAGGUCCUGGGCGAAGAUAAUGCGUUCAAGGACCUGACAGACUGGAAGAACGAAGACUUUGUCUAUGUGUACUAAGACAGAUUAAGUCUUUCUGAGCAGGAUACUCCAAAGAUGUCAACAUAUGUCGUGAAAUAGC